GAAUGUUAGAAAUUCAACUAAGUUCAAAGAAUGUUGGAUAUUUAAACUUGGGGAUGCUUUUCUUAGAGACAAUCUGGUAUUAUUAUGAAGGAUUCCCUUUGAACAAAUUGUUGGCGAUAUUAUCAUUCUAUACCAAUUUUACACAAUUUUCGGUUGUGGUCUAUCAAGUUUGGUCAAUAAUAGAAGGCUUCCUAUGGAAUCAGCAAUCUUUGCCAUUAAAAAGAUUCUAAACGUUUUUAGUCUAUGCAUGUUUUAUCGUAGCGAUAUCAUUCUGGUCAAUUUACUUAAUACAGCCUGAUGCAGUGAUAUCCAAAAGGCAUCCAAUAUCUAACUACAUAUUGUUGACCUUCCAUGGAGGCAGUUUUCUGUAUUUAUAUUUUAUAACCAUCUACACUUCUAGUAUACAAUACUCAGGGAAUGCUAAAAUAGUAACAAUCUCUGGAUGUUUGUAUGUACUCUUUAUAGUGUUGAACUACUUGGUUAAUGACAGAGUCCCAUAUCCUUUUUUCAGACACAUGAAUCCUCUAUUAGCCAUAUUAAUAAUCGCAUUAUCAGUCUUCAUGAUCAGCAGUUUAUAUGUUUUUGUCUGCAAGAGAUACCAUUAGAAGAAGAGUUUGGAAGAGGAAAACAAAAAUAAAUUAUAUUGA